AUCAACUCGAUACCGGAAUCUCUCAAUCCUCAAAAUGAAGUCCACCCUCUUCGCCGCCACCGUCGCCCUUUUGGCCGCUGCCGUUAGCGCUGCCCCUGCUCCUGAAGCAAACUACGGUUGGGGAAAGAAGCCGAGCUGCUGGGGCCCAUUCGGUGAACUUCCCUGUGGCUCCACCAAUGCCACCUGGUACACUGUCCAGGCCGGUGAGGUUUUGACCGACAUUGCUACCAAAUUUAAGUCUGGCAUUUGCGACAUCGCGAAAUACAACAAGCUCGCCAGUCCGGACAAGAUCGACGCCAAUCAGAGACUCAGCAUCCCCGCCCAGUGCAAGACGCCCGACAACAACAGCUGCAUCAACAGGGCCACACCCGGCCCCAGCAACGACACCUGUGUCAACGGUCUCUCUGUCAACCCCCCUGUCUACGUUGUUCUCCCUAUGGACAGCCUCACUCUCAUCUCCAACAAGUUCAACAUCACCCUCGCCGCUCUUGAGAAGGCCAACCCGCAGGUCACAAACCCCAACUUCAUCUCCGUUAACCAGGCUCUCAAUGUUCCUAUUUGCUCUGGCUUCUCCUGCACCAACAAGCAGUACACAAUCAAGUCCGGCGACUCAUUCUCUGCCAUUGCCACGGCCAACGGUAUCACCCUCGGACAGAUUGAGGCCGCCAACCCUCGCCAGGUCCCUCAGGGCCUUCAGGUCGGCCAGGUCAUCAACGUCCCUGUUUGCAAGGGAGUUGCCUAA